GGAGGAAAGCUGCCGCAGCUCCGAGCCUCGGAGCAGGAGGGGAUCAAUCAGCAGGUGCUGCAGGGCUGAAGGGAAGGCAGAAGGCGAAGGAGCUGCAGCCCUCCUGGUUACAACAGGGACUCCUCUCUGGUGGAAGAAAACCAGGGCACAGAAAGUGAGCAGCUGGUGUGAUGACAGGCAGAAACUGAAGAGCAUUUGGAGCUUUCUGUUCCUACACAGAUUUUCCCCUGUGGCUGAACAACAAACACACUGAGAAACAUGCCUGAGCAAAGCAAUGAUUACAGGGUGGUUGUGUUUGGAGCUGGAGGAGUGGGCAAAAGCUCUUUGGUCUUGAGAUUUGUGAAGGGGACUUUCAGAGAGGUCUACAUCCCUACCAUUGAAGAUACCUAUCGUCAGGUGAUCAGCUGUGAUAAGAGUAUAUGCACUUUGCAGAUAACUGACACUACAGGGAGCCAUCAAUUCCCAGCCAUGCAACGUCUUUCUAUUUCGAAAGGACAUGCUUUCAUUUUGGUUUACUCUAUCACCAGCCGACAGUCCUUGGAAGAACUCAAACCAAUCUAUGAGCAAAUAUGUCAGAUUAAGGGAGACGUCGAAAGCAUUCCAAUAAUGCUGGUGGGGAACAAAAAUGACGAGAACCAAAACCGGGAGGUGGACAGCAGUGAAGGAGAAGCCAUGGCUAAGAAGUGGAAAUGUGCCUUCAUGGAGACCUCUGCUAAGCUGAACCACAACGUGAAAGAGUUAUUCCAAGAACUGCUAAACCUAGAGAAACGCAGGACUGUGAGUCUGCAGAUUGAUGGCAAAAAAAGCAAGCAGCAGAAAAGGAAAGAGAAACUUAAAGGCAAAUGUGUGAUGAUGUGAAACUGCACUAUCAGGAAUCAGUCAGGCAGUCUCACCUGUCUGCCAAUACCGACGUAAAACCUAUAGACAGCAAAAAUCCAUGCAAGGCCCCAUUUAUUAAUAUCUGUGUUAAAAGAAAUACUUGGAAUAUGAAAAAAAAUUUUACUGCAAUUACUGUAAAAAAAGUAAUUUAAAAAAUCUUGAAC